UAGCAAGUCAAAGUUGAAUUCUCUAGAAGAGAACGGAACCCAAACCACAAAAUCAAACACAAAAGUGGCAAACCCCAACCUUUGCCUAGGUUUCUUCUCCCAUCAUCACAUUAUCACCACUCUCUAUCUCACGGGUUACGCACCCUCUUAUCCCAAGCCGAGGUGGUAUACCGGUGCGCAUACCGAAUCGGUGCACCGUGUCUUGGGUGUCCGGAGAGCCAGGGUCCGCCAGGGAUUAAUGCGACCAUUACCAUUACGACAAUUACGAGAGCUUGACUUUCUUCCACCACAUUCAUGCCAACUUGGUUGUGUCACUGUCACGCCGUUGUCACUCGUUUGCUCCUCGUUUCUUCAACCUGCGUUUCUUUUCAGUUCCGCCCUCAUCAUUCGCAUGGCGCGUUCGGUCCGUGACUACUACUCUCGACCCUUUCGAAGACUAAAACAGGCGCCACAUCCUCGAGGUUUUGUCAAGUAACUUACACGAUACCCUCGCGCGUCUAUGCGCUCUGCAUGUUUCACUGCACCUUUUAUAAGGAAUGUAACCAUCUAGAAAGAAAAGAAAAAAAUUAACCUGACAUAAUAAUAAUAAACCCAGUCAUCGGGCGUACGCAUACGCCUCUACGCGAACUCCCGGGUGGCUCAUAAGGAAGGGUGCACCGCAUCCAGCCACUUUGCCAUCAGACCUUGUUUCUUCGGGUAUUCAAGAGGCGGCCAGAACCAAAUAAUGACUUUCGCAACACAAGAGCCAACCAGCCGGUACAACAGCGCAGUCACGCCUAUUUCACCCAGCUCCCAACUGGAGAGCCCUUUCGAGGUCAACGAAAUUUGGCGUGAUGCUCCUGUAUUCACCGGCACUACAAAGUUUGAUCCUCUGCCUGAUGUAAAGAACAUCAUGGUAACAGGAGGCGCUGGUUUCAUAGCAUGUUGGGUUGUCAGACACUUGGUAUUGACGUAUCCAGAAGCCUACAAUGUCGUCUCAUUCGACAAGUUAGACUACUGCGCAUCGCUCAACAACACCAGGGUACUAGAACAUGAGCCGAACUUCUCGUUUUACAGAGGCGACAUUACGAAUCCUUCCGAGGUCAUGGACUGUCUGGAGCGAUACAAUAUCGACACCAUCUUUCACUUUGCCGCGCAAUCACAUGUCGAUUUGAGUUUUGGAAAUCCGUUCGGUUUCACUCAUACCAAUGUUUACGGUACCCAUGUUCUGCUCGAGAGCGCUCGAAAAGCGGGCAUCAAGCGCUUCAUACACGUGUCUACCGAUGAAGUAUAUGGCGAGGUAAAGGAUGAUGAAGAUGAUCUUCUGGAGACGAGCAUUCUGGCACCCACUAACCCCUAUGCGGCCAGCAAAGCUGCUGCCGAGAUGCUGGUGAACUCUUACAAGAAGAGCUUUAAAUUACCCAUCAUUAUAGUGAGGAGCAACAAUGUCUAUGGCCCUCACCAGUACCCGGAGAAAAUCAUCCCAAAGUUCACUUGCCUACUCGCCCGAGGAGAGCCCGUCGUCCUUCACGGAGACGGCUCGCCCACUCGUCGUUAUCUUUUUGCAGGCGACGCCGCCGACGCGUUCGAUACCAUUCUGCACAGAGGUCAGCUAGGGGAGAUCUAUAACGUUGGUUCUUACGAUGAAAUCAGCAACUUGUCGCUUUGCCACAAACUCCUAACCGAGAUGGAGAUCAUCCCCUGUCGGUCUCCGACAUCAUCUCCUCCUUGCAACUAUACCACAUCCCCGCCCUCCUCGUCGCCUCUGGGGGCAGAACAAGAAGAGAUCCAUCGUUGGGUCAAGUACACUCACGACCGACCUUUCAACGAUCACCGGUAUGCCGUUGACGGUACGAAACUGCGAAAACUAGGUUGGGAGCCGAAGACAACUUUUGAAGAGGGGCUCAGGAUCACUGUGGACUGGUACAGACGGUUUGGGGAAAGGUGGUGGGAUGAUAUUACCAACGUAUUGAGGCCCUUCCCUAUAACAGCGGGGGGCGAAGACGGGGUAAUGGAUCAAGAGGUGGCCGAGAUGUGUGACAAGCCCGUCACUUUGGAAUCAAGAGAGAAUACGGGGGUCAGAAAGUCAUCCGAUAUACUGAAGGAAGCAUCGGGUUCGUUCAGGUCACGCCACCAACAAUAUCAGCAUCAACAUCAUCACAAACACCGCACAAGAAAAUAUCUUCACCACACAAGGGAAACGUCGCGAGACAACACGGAUUAUUAUUCUAGCAGGAUACCAAGAAGCUGCGCUCUAGCUUCUCCACGCCCACGAGAGCUCGCCUCCAGCACCGGCCUUGUAAGCCCAGGGAUCACAUUAGAUGAGGACGAUGGUUUCGACGAUGAGGAUACGGCAUAUAACCCACUAACGAUCGUUUACGACGACGAGGCACGAUCACGAAAGAAGCGCAAGCUUUCAAUCGUGGUCGAUGAUAUCACCAACGAUAGCCACCGCUUCAACAAGAAGGCCCGGGGAGAUAUUACUCAAGAAGGGGGUCGCUGUGCUAAACUGUCGUGGACAGGCUUGACAAGAACGUUGUGAAUUUGCUUCUAGACGGGGCUACCGAGGCACGAAAAGAGUUGUUUGAAUGAAAAUGGCGCAGGGGUAGCACCUAUAGAGCGGAGAGGGGGCAGGUACUUUUUAUUGGAUCUGGAGUUCUAGAAACCAUUUAUCAUGCCAUUUCUUUUUGGUGUUUUCUUCUGAUACCAGAUGGAAGCAAUAGGGAUCGAUACCGGGAUGUCAACGGGAAGGUGCUUUGCUGAGUAACGCCGGAGUUUGCGGAAAGAGAACAGCUAGGGAUGAUGGAAAAAACGGGUAGGUCCUGUCCAGUAGGCUCACCAUGGUUCAGUUCAAUGACUAUGGAAAAAAUGAAGAUAAAUAUUAAAAUUCGACAACAAAAAUUUAGGGAUGACGGAGUGAGGGUCAAUUAGUUGAUACGAUCUUACACAUAGGCUUUUGCUUAUACAUAGUAUGUUGGCUUUUUUUGCACG